AUGGCACUGUUCGACUCGUGCAAGGUCGAACACAUCCCCCGCAGCAAAAACAAGAAGGCCGAUGCUUUAUGCAAGCUAGCAUAUGUGUCGUUCAGCCACCUCGCUAAGGAGGUACGGGUGGAAGUGUUGACCGCACCUUCGGUUGCCACUCCACAGGUCAUGCAAGUAGAAGCCCCGUCCCAAACUUGGAUGACCCCGAUCAUCAACUACUUGGUACACGAUGUUUUGCCAAUUGAUAAGGCGGAGGCUAGAAAAAUACAGAUCAACUCACUUCAAUACCAAAUGCAAGAAGGGGGUCUAUACCGAAAGACUUUCCUCGGCCCUCUAUUAAAAUGUCUCGACCCGAAGCAAGCCAGCAACAUGAUUAGAGAGAUACAUUACGGCAUUUGUGGUAUCCAUGCCGGACCAAAAAUGACCGUAACAAAAGUAAAAAAUGCAGGGUAUUAUUGGCCCGGAAUGCAUGAAAGUGCGGUAAAAGAGCUCCAACAAUGUGAUGAAUGCCAGAAAAACGCGCCGAUAAGCCUUUGA